AUGGCUCCCUCGCUGGAAGACCCUGUCUUGCGCCAAUCCCUGGGCGAGCUCCCUUUGCCCAAGAAGGCCACCGUCGUUGACGGCAACAACAAAUUCAAUUACCAACCCGGACGAACCGUCGUUGAAAGCCAUGAUGACUAUCCUUACGAAGACCUCAAACCCUCGUUUCCCGACAUCCAUUGGGAUCCCAUCGAAGAGACCUCAUAUGACGAUAGGGGCCUUUAUGGUGACACCAAGUUCCGCAACCUGUUGCAAGAUGCAACCGAUGUCUUCGACUACAAUCCCAAAAUCGGCACGGAAAUCCAUGGAGCCAACCUUGCCACUCUCACCGAUGCACAAAAGGAUGACUUGGCUCGUCUGGUCGCUGUUCGUGGAGUAGUAAUCUUCAGGAAUCAGGAUGACUUUGAUAUUGAGGCACAAAGAGAGUUCGGCAGGUACUUUGGCAAGCUGCACAAGCAUGCUACAACAGCUGUUCCCAAGAAGGGCGGCCUGGAGGAUGUUCAUGUCGUCUAUACCGGUGACAACGCCGCCGACCAACGAGCCGUGUUUUCGCCCAGCUUCCUUUGGCACUCAGAUGUAACCUAUGAGGUGCAACCACCAUCUUACACUCUCCUGAAACUGUUGACCGGACCCCCUCGUGGAGGUGGUGGUGACACGCUCUGGACUUCUCAGUAUGCGGCGUAUGACGCUCUUUCGUCGCACAUGCAGACAUAUCUCAAAGGCCUGACGGCCCUUCACUCGGCAGACAUGCAAGCAUCCGACACGCGAGCUGCUGGCCGAACUGUCCGCCGGGAGCCGGUCACCACCGUACACCCUCUGAUUCGAACCAACCCCGUCACCGGAUGGAACAGUCUGUUCUUCAAUCCCGGGUUCGUGACAAAGAUCAUUGGCGUUCCUAAGGUCGAGAGUGAUGCCAUCCUCCGAUACCUCACCGAGGUGAUUGCCACUACACAGGAGACCCAUGCGCGUUUCCAAUGGGGCAAGAAUGACGUUGCGAUCUGGGACAACCGGACAACGAACCACUCUGCCUCUUACGGAUUCGCUCCCCACCGACGCCAUGCAGUGCGAGUCGCCUGCCAUGCCGAGCGCCCUGUCUUGCUCCCGACAGGAAAGUCACAGGAAGAAGAGCACAUUGCUCUGUACAACCUUCCGGCUGUCAACAAAGACGGCUCACGCCAGUCCAACUAUAAUGACUAA